ACACCAUGAACGCCUUCCCGAUCCUGGUCCUCCUAAUCCUGGGACAUCUGUGUCAAAUUCAAGCUGCGACGUUGAACAAGCCUCCAAACAAUGUGGACGCCCUGAAGAAACAUCUGGUGGAAAAGAUUGUCCAGUCUCUCGUGGACGGACGAGAAGACCACGGCGAAACUCUAGAGGCGCUGAAGACGACGCUUAGCGCCGUCAUCGACGAAACGGACGAACAGUCCAUCACUGUCAUAGCUAUCCUCAUUGCUGCGGGAAUCGCAGGUGGCCUCAUAGGUGGUGCCGCAGGCGGCGCUGCUACAUCUGCCGUGGCGGAGGCAAUUGGCAAAUAGGCAUCACAACGAAUAUCCCGAACUGGUUUGGUUGUUACGGCGUAUAUGCUCCGAAGGUCCGUUGGCGACCAUAUAGUCCGUGGCCUCUUCCAUAAACAUUCUGUAAUGGGUGCGAAGUUCAGUUCCUGACAAAAGUCAUGGGCCAAUCACUCACGCUAUGCAACCUAACAGAACGUCUCGCUAAGUCACGUGGCUACAACUACCGUGUUUGCUUCAUACAACCACCGUUCGUUCGCAGUGAUUCGACUGAGAAUAAAAACAAGAAGA